AUGCCAGCAGGAUGCCAUGCAUGGCUCCAUCGCCCAGAGGCUCUGAAGAAUGAUAGUGACUUCCAUCCGAUGAAACUUCCUUCCACCGUCCUGAUUCUCGCAGGCCCAGUGGGCCUCGUGGGCUUUGAGCAACUGUUAGAUUGGACAGCGAGAAGCGAGGCAAACGACCGCUACGUACCGGAUCACCGGAGAUACAGCCGUGGUGGAAGUUUGUGGGCAUUCAACUGGCAGCUUCGAGGAGAAAGCACUGAAGAGCUGGCAGAUGGUGAGCAGACCACCUGGCUGGGUCGUGCUUUGUCGCUGGUCGCGGCAACCAGGGCCAUAGCAGACAGAGAGAAGCCUCCUUUUGAAGCGCUGGCAGCUGCUCCGUGGUGCUUGGACUCCAGCUCUUGGCUGGAGAUCAUCUUGCUGGGAUGGCAGGGAGUGUUCGUCGCGCUGUCGCUUCUGGCAGAAGAAGUCUGCCAUUCCUCCGUCGGAGGUUGCGGGCAUGCGUGGGAAGCAGAUCCAGAAGAUCGAGGUUCCAGCCAUGCGACGUUUCCCUGCGCUGCCCGUUCGGCGCUGGCAGUGCUGCGAGAAGCGCCAAGUGCUCAAGCUCCAGCACCAGUGCUGUCACUCCUGGCCGAGCUACUGCGCGGCUGCAGCCUCUCAGAGGCUUCCGACGCAGCCGCCCUGUCUGCAGUUUGGUGGAAGCUGGCAUUCUGGAGGCCAACUUCCAGUGGCUGUGGGGAGGCAGCGGCAAUACUGCUGUUGGCUCCGAAACGGCGGCGCACCAUAGGUUUGCGGCUAUGCGGUGCUACCAGCAGUUCCCAGCACGACGUCGAGAUUCACGUCUUGGGUGUGUCUGCAUCCGUGGGCGAGGCGAAAGACCAAGAGUGUGUGCUCAUGGAGGUGGUCAUGCACAUCACGUCGAAGGACGGCUGCUAUGUGACGCAGGCCGGAUCCAACCCCAGAACGGCGCCAAAGUCAUUUCUCCUUGCCUGGACAGCAGCUCUGGAGGGCGAUGCAGGCUCCGCUCUUGCGGAAUGCUCUGCGACUUCGGCUUUCGGCACAGACGUGGUGCUGCGGUGUGCGAUCAGCUCACAGGCCCUGCGCAGCUGCGGCGAGAUCCGGACUAUGCAACUUUCGGCAGGUUCCUGGAGAGUGGGUGGAAUUCGCUUGUGUGGCGCGGGUGAGACCGGCUCCCUGCUGGAUGUGAUUCCAGACCCGCCUUCACACCGAUUGACGGUGUGCAGCGGUGUCAUGUUCAACGCAGGCCAGAGGAUUCCGGAAUUUCCUGGUGGCAGCUCACUGCUGAGGCAGUGGCUCGAUUUUCACGAGGAGCUUGGAGUCGACCAUUUUGUAUUGUACGACUCUGACGGCUCGGCAGCCCCAGAGGUGGAGGGACGCCAGGGCAAGGUAACAUAUUUUCCUCAGUGGCCAUCACGUUUAUCGGCAAAGCUGGGGGAGAUCAGCGUGACACCGCACUGCCGGCAUUGUUUGAGCGUGCUGGCAGAAGCACACUGCUUGUUCAGAAAUCGUGGCCUCUCGAGCUGGGUCAUCACCUUGCAUAGCUUCGAUGCAUACUUGGCCCCUGCGCCAUCUUGGGGAAGCGGAGCAGGAGCACUUGGAAGGAUAUUGCACCACUUGGACGAGCAUCGACGCCAGAUUGGUACCGUGCCAUUGGCUAUGGUCGAGUUCGGUGGGACUCCGCGAAACUCAUCGCUCCUUGUUGAACGGUUUCAGCUACGUGCGCCACAGCCCAUGCAAGUGCUUGCGCAGAUUGGCCGUGGCAAUCCUCGGGACGAAUCCUGGCUUAAUCAUCCUGGCGUGACGCUUCGCAACCCAGAGAAUGUUUGGGGUGUUCUGGACCACUAUGCCAGAUCAGUCCCUGGAGCCACGGAUGUGGAGAUGCCGCACGAGCUGUUACGCGUCAAUCAUUACGUUGACAUCUUCGGGCAGCGCUGCUCGAGCAGAUUCUGGCAUUGCACGUUUCCAGAUGCUGGCCUCCUCUGGGUGCUGCCUACACUCAAAGCCAGAUAUCAUGUGUAG